CUCUACCUUAUGUAAUCAGGGGGAAAAAGAAUUAUACAAAUUCUUAAUGGAAUUCCCUAAGCCCCUUGCUUGAUUUUGGCCCUUUCCCUUUCGCUGAAUGUUCUUCACCGAUCUGGUCUUCAUGUGUUAUUCCUCCCUAGGGUUUCUCUUCUUAUACACCCCUUUUUCAUCUCUUUUCCCAAUUGGCUUUUCAUUUUCCAUGUAAUGCUGUUCUCCCUUUUGAUUUCUGUGCCGAUUGCAUGCUUUCCUUUUCGCGUUUCAGUGAUUUCCGUGGUGGGUCUUUCUUAUCUCUAACCAUUGCCUUGUUUUUUGGUGCUUUUGAUUAAUGCUGCCGCCUCAUUUUUAGUUGACUCAACCAUUGUUCUUAAUUGGUUGACGUUCUUACUGAAAUUCCCUACGUGGGUUUACUGAGUUUUUCCAUCGUUGUUGUUUAUGCCGAACCCCCAUUUCCCUAAUUCAGUUCAGAAGCUUCGUUUUUUUAAAUUCGGAAUCUAGGAAUUGGUGGCUGAGUUCAAUAUUUCAUCUGUGUUGGUCUCAAAAUUUUGAAUUAUUUCUUCCAGUUUGUAUUGUUGAUUCUGUAUUAAGUUAUGGACGACGGGGAGCUUGAUUUUUCAAAUCAGGAUGUUUUUUCCAGCCCUAAUAUCGAGAUUCCAAGCAGUUGUUCAAUGGAUAGUUUCUUUGAUGAACUUCUCAAAGAUACUCAUACUUGUACUCAUACACAUACUUGCAAUCCACCAGGCCCUGACUACUCUCAUACCCACACAUGUUUUCAUGUCCACACUAAAAUUGUCCCUGCCCCAUCUGAAGAAGACAAGGUUGUUACUGAUGAUACUGCUGAAUCAACUGAGAAGAAGUCGAAGAAACGUCCAUUGGGUAACCGUGAAGCUGUUCGUAAGUACCGUGAGAAGAAGAAGGCUAGGGCAGCCUCAUUAGAGGAUGAGGUUGUUAGGUUGAGGGCUUUGAAUCAGCAUUUGAUGAAGAGGCUGCAGGGGCAAGCAGCACUUGAGGCUGAGAUUGCUAGGCUUAAGUGUUUGCUUGUUGAUAUUAGGGGGAGAAUUGAAGGGGAGAUUGGUUCUUUCCCUUACCAGAAAGCUGUUAAUCCUAACUUGUCCAACCCAAGCAUGCCUGGUGCUUAUGUGAUGAACCCAUGUAAUAUGCAGUGUGAGGAUCAGGUUUACUGCCUCCAUCCUGGGGUCGAUGGCAGCAGAAGCAGUGAAGGUGCUGUGAUUAAUGGACAAAGCUUUGGUGCUUGUGAAUUUGAAAAUCUUCAAUGUUUGGCAAAUCAUGACUCAGGAUCAAAAGAACUACCUGGGUGUGGAGUAGGGAAUGCGGUUUCAACUGAUAUUUCUUCAGGGGCGACGAAGAAAAAAGGAGGAAUUGCCUGUGACAUCAAAAUAAAGUUUCACAUUCUGAACCAACCAAGUGGCUCUGUGGAUAAGUGAUCUACCCAACUUUUUUAUAGGAUCAUGAAAGGGAGGUAUUCCUCAAUGGAUGGCUAAUGGUCUAUUUGGAGUAACUUUCUCUGUGCCUUGAAAUUGGAUUUUAAGCCCUUAAAAAAUCAUUACAAGCAUGCCCUUAAUCAGAAUCGUUUGUUUGGAAAGUAAUUGGUUGUUUACUUGAAGUUACAACUCUAUCGUUUUUUCAUUUGUUUAUUAGGAGGAAGCCGUAAAGAGACAUGGACCUGAUGAAUGAAUCAAUCAUAAUGUCAACGUGUUCAUCCGCCCAUGCCUGUGGGGUGGUGCCAUGCAACUGCAAUGUCUGAAUAUCUUCUCCUUAUCGAUUUUCUCUUGACCCAUUUGAGGUACUCGAAAUGGUGAAGCUUCUUCAUACGUGGUACUGCGGGGUUCCAUACACAUCUUCGAAGGUUGAGAAGUGAAAUUGAGUAGAGCAUGGCAGAGUUUUUAAUGAAUGAAAGUAUGGCAAAAGUGAAUGGCUCCAACUGAUGGAUCGAACAAUAUUACAUAUUGGUCUUCUUUCUAUUAAGACUAACAGAAGGCAGUGUCAAGUUAUAUUGGUUUUGUUUUCUAUUUGAUUAGAGUUUCUAAUAAUAAGCAUUCUAAAAAUAAUUUGUCAA